AUGUCCCAUGCAUCCAACCUCACGGCCCCCGAUGUCGAUAUCGACGUUCACACGACCCUUCGCCUUAUUCAGGAGCAAAUGCAGCAACAACAGGUCUUUAUGCAGCAACAGCAGGCCCUUUUACAGCAGCAGCAAAACAGGAUCCAACAACUGGAAGCCGAAUCCAUUGAGCAGGACGGCAAACUGGUCUACAGGAACCCUCGAGCGACCCUCAUCAAGCUUCGCCAGGACAUUCUCAAGGUUUACCCAGCCAUCGGCGAACCCAAGUUCUUCGACUUGGAACUACCCAAGAACCACAACGUUUUCAACUGGAACGACUACCACUACACUGAGGGUAUGGAUUACAAGCCUCUCCCGGUUCUGCAGCACUCCGAAGUUACCCUCACAGACGCGGCUAAGCGACACGAACGCGAUUUGGUAUCGAUCCAAGUAUUUUUGGCUCAAUCGACCCGGUUCUUCGACACUUUCGCUUUCGAAGUCCUUGAAGAUGGAGACGAUCAAUCGGAGCUCGGCAAGAAGAUACUCGGUCUCCUCAACACGCAUGGCAACGACAAGGAGGAAUCCCUUUUCACUUUGGAAUCACUGGCUGCCAAAAAAGCAGCCGCUGAUCUGGCUCGGAAGACAUAUAAGAACAAGGACAAUUCAGGAUCAGGCGACAAACGCAAGGACCAACAGUUCGGCAAGUCGGGUUACAAGUCGGACGGAGGCAAGUCUGGUGGCAAGCCUCAGAACAAGUCUGGUAGCGGACAAGGCAGGAAGCAGCCAGACCAGGGAAACGAGGGAGAGAAGUCGGAUUAG